AUAUAGAUCUUUCUGUUGGCAGGCCUGGGGAACAAUCUGUUCAUAAGGUUUUCGUUGACCCUGGAGGGAGUCACUGUAUUGCCACUGUUAUUGGCAGUAGUGGUACCGAUACAUAUUAUACUCAUGCUAAAUGGACAAAGCCUCGAAUUUUAAGCAAAUUAAAAGGUCUUGUUGUCAAUGCUGUUGCCUGGAAUAGACAGCAUAUAACAGAAGCUUCAACUAGAGAAAUCAUUAUGGGCACGGACAAUGGCCAACUUUGUGAGAUGGCUGUAGAUGUAAAGGAUAAAAUGGAGAAGUACGUAAAGUUACUGUUUGAACUUAAAGAACUACCUGAGGCUUUCACCGGUUUGCAGAUGGAAACAGCAAAUGUGCACAAUGGUACCAGAUUUUAUGUGAUGGCUGUUACACCUACUCGACUUUAUUCGUUCACAGGGAUUGGCUCGCUUGAAGCUGUUUUUGCAAGCUAUGUGGACCGUACAGUUCAUUUCAUGGAACUUCCUGGUGAAAUACCUAACAGUGAACUGCACUUUUUUAUCAAGCAAAGGAGGGCUGUACACUUCGCAUGGCUUUCUGGAGCAGGAAUCUACCAUGGUGACCUAAAAUUUGGAGUGCAACAUAGUUCGCCAAACGGGGAUGAAAACUUUGUGGAAAACAAAGCUCUUCUAGACUACUCUAAAUUCUCUGAAGGAGUUGAAGGUGUCAAACCUAGCUCUCUGGCUGUAUCCGAGUUUCAUUUCCUACUUCUCAUAGGUAACAAGGUUAAGGUGGUGAACAGGAUAAGUGAACAAAUAGUAGAAGAACUUUAUUUUGAUCAGACACCUGACGCAGUUUCAAGAGGUAUUUUUGGCUUAUGUAGUGAUGCCUCAGCUGGGUUGUUUUAUGCAUAUGACCAAAAUUCCAUCUUCCAGGUGUCUGUAAAUGAUGAAGGCCGUGACAUGUGGAAAGUGUACUUGGACUUAAAAGAAUAUGCUGCAGCUUUGGCUAAUUGUCGUGAUGCCCUGCAGAGAGACCAAGUUUAUCUGGUUCAGGCUGAAGCUGCUUUUGCUGCCAAGGAGUUCCUCAGAGCUGCAUCAUUCUAUGCAAAAAUUAACUAUGUGUUAUCAUUUGAAGAGAUCUCAUUGAAGUUCAUUAGCAUAAGUGAACAGGAUGCAUUGAGAACAUUUCUCCUGCGGAAGCUUGAUAAUCUUUCAAAGGAUGAAAAGUGCCAAAUAACAAUGAUUUCCACAUGGGCAACUGAAUUAUAUCUUGAUAAGGUUCAUCUCUUUUUGAACUGAGUUUGUUUGAUUAAA